AUGGCAUUUAAUGGUACUUGGAAAAUAGACAGAAAUGAAAACUAUGAAAAGUUCAUGGAGGUGAUGGGUGUUAACAUGAUGAAAAGAAAGUUAGGAGCCCAUGAUAAUCUGAAGAUCACUAUUCAGCAAGAUGGAAACAAAUUUACUGUGAAAGAAUCAAGCAACUUCCGUACCAUAGAUAUUGAAUUCACGCUGGGAGUCAAUUUUGAGUACAGUCUGGCUGAUGGGACUGAACUUACUGGUUCUUGGAACAUGGAAGGAAAUAAACUUGUAGGAACAUUUACUAGAAAAGAUAAUGGAAAACCACUGAAAGCACACAGAGAAAUCAUAGGUGAUGAACUUGUUCAGACCUAUGUAUAUGAAGGAGUUGAAGCCAAGAGAGUCUUCAAAAGGGGCUAA